UUAUCUUUCAGCUUGACACUUCGGCGUGCAGGAUAGCAUGAUUCUAUCCUUUUCAUUUAAAUACUACUACGUAAUCAUCCUUGAAUUGUAAAAAAACAUACCUACAAACAAGUCGGUAUAUUUUAAUUCUUCUGCUGGCAACUAGUGACCGGCGAAAGCUUCGAAAGUAGAUUGUGGUUUCGAAUGCAGUGAUUUCGAUAGCUUUCGCCACACCUCCCAAGAUGUUGCGUGUCUGUGGAUUACGAUUCCAGCGCGUGGCUCAUCAACAGUUUUCCCGUACUCUUGGAAUCCAGACUACCUGUCGCUACAUCCACGCCUCUACAACCCUUGAUAAGGACCUACGACAUGCGCCGGGGCGAUAUGAGAUCAAAAAGCUAAUGGUUGCAAAUCGCGGAGAGAUCGCAAUCCGCGUGUUCCGUGCCGCGACAGAGGCUGGUAUAAGGACCGUUGCUAUCUACUCGGAACAGGAUGCCAACCAUAUGCACAGGCAGAAAGCUGAUGAGGCGUAUCUUGUCGGGAAGGGGAUGCCGCCGGUUGCUGCUUACUUGAACAUUCCUGAGAUUAUACGGAUUGCUAAGGACAAAGAAUGCGAUGCUAUUCAUCCAGGAUACGGCUUCUUAUCAGAACGAGCAGACUUCGCGCGUGCUUGCACUAAAAGUGGCAUUAUCUUCAUCGGCCCGUCACCACAGGUAGUCCACAUGAUGGGCGACAAGCUAGAAGCAAGGAAAGUAGCUGUCGAGGCAGGGGUCCCUGUUGUACCAGGCACGGCUGAACCAAUCAGAAACGCGGAGGAUGCAAGAGCCUUUUGUGAAGAGCAUGGUUUGCCUGUGAUCACGAAAGCUGCGUAUGGUGGAGGCGGGCGUGGUAUGAGGGUGAUCUGGAACCUAGACGACGUUGAAAAGUACUUCACGCUUGCGAGUAAUGAGGCUUAUGCGGCCUUCGGAGACGGCUCAAUGUUCAUUGAGAAGUUUAUUGAGAAACCGCGGCAUAUUGAGGUCCAAGUGAUGGGGGAUAAUUAUGGCGAUGUAGUGCAUCUGUUUGAGCGAGACUGCUCAGUCCAGCGUCGACAUCAGAAGGUCAUUGAGAUCGCUCCAGCUCCUCUACUUGACGAAAACAUCAGGCAGACUCUGACUGAGGAUGCUGUACGGCUGUGCAAGGCUGUCGGGUAUUCUAAUGCUGGAACAGUGGAGUUCUUACUGGAUCAGGAAGGGAACCAUUACUUCAUUGAAGUAAAUGCUAGGCUGCAGGUUGAGCAUACAGUCACAGAGGAGAUCACAGGUGUUGACCUGGUACGUGCACAGAUAGGCGUGGCUGAAGGGAAAACACUUGGUGAACUUGGACUGGUGCAGGAUAACAUCAAGAUCACAGGUGCUGCCAUCCAGGCUCGAGUCACCACCGAGGAUCCCGCCAACAACUUCACGCCUGAUACGGGCAGAAUCGAGGUGUUCCGUAGCGGUGAGGGCAUGGGCAUCCGGUUGGAUGGCUCUUCUGCCUUCGCGGGUGCCGUUAUCUCGCCUCACUACGAUUCACUGCUGACCAAAGUGAUCGCACACGCUUCCAGUCAUCGGGAAGCCGCUACCAAACUGCACCGUGCACUCACAGAAUAUCGCAUAAGAGGCGUAAAGACAAACACAUCGUUCCUAAUGAACGUCCUGAAGCAUGACAGCUUUCUCAAUGGGACCGUCAACACCGACUUCAUCCUGGAGAACCCUGACUUACUAAAAGUGCGUGUGAGCAAAAACCGCGCACAGAAGCUGUUGCAUUACCUCGGAUAUAUACUGGUUAAUGGACCGGUCACUCCUCUUGCAACGGGGCUCAAGCCUGCUAAGAAAGAACCCAAUGUUCCUCAGCCGCCCAAGCAAUCCCAGACUUACCUUCAACCUCAAGGGCUACGUAACAUAUUCUUGCGCGAGGGUCCGGACGGGUUCGCUAGAUAUGUCCGGAAAAUGGACCGUCUGCAGUUAACGGACACAACAUUCCGUGACGCACAUCAGUCUCUUCUUGCUACUCGUGUUCGAACACACGACAUGGUGAAGAUCGCACCGUUCGUCUCGCACUACUUCGCUAACGCUUACAGCCUGGAAUGCUGGGGAGGUGCGACGUUUGACGUAGCGUUACGCUUCCUGAACGAGUGUCCCUGGGACAGACUAGCAGAGCUCCGAGAGCAGAUUCCCAACAUUCCGUUCCAGAUGCUCCUCCGCGGCGCAAAUGCUGUCGGGUACACCAGCUACCCUGACAACGUGGUCCAUCAGUUCUGCAAGAAGGCAAAGGAUCAUGGGAUGGAUAUCUUCCGGGUGUUUGACUCGUUGAACUAUGUACCGAAUCUUCAGCUUGGGAUCGACGCCGCAGGCCAGGCCGGUGCUAUCGUCGAGGCUGCCAUCUCGUAUACUGGUGACGUCACAGACCCCUCCCGCACAAAGUACAACAUCGAUUAUUACAUGGACCUUGCGACGAAACUUGCCAGGUCUGGUGCGCACGUUCUUUGUAUUAAGGACAUGGCCGGUCUGCUCAAGCCCAAAGCUGCCCAUCUUCUGGUUGGCUCCAUCCGUGCCCAGUUCCCUAAACUUCCGAUCCACGUGCAUACCCAUGAUACCGCGGGGGCAGGAGUGGCGUCCAUGUUGGCCGCGGCGGAGGCUGGUGCCGAUGUUGUGGAUGUCGCCGUUGACUCAAUGUCUGGUAUGACGUCACAGCCUAGUAUGGGAGCUGUUGUUGCCGCUCUGGAGGGCACGGAACUCGACACAGGUAUUGCUCUGCAAUCCGUACACGACUACAGUGCCUACUGGGAGCAAGCUCGACUUUUAUACGCGCCAUUCGAAAGCACAGUGACAAUGAAGAGCGGUAACUCCGACGUGUACGAAAACGAGAUUCCGGGCGGACAGUACACCAACCUACACUUCCAGGCAUAUAGUCUCGGCCUGUCGGACCAGUUUCCAGAAAUCAAAAAGAAAUAUGCUAUUGCAAACAAACUUCUUGGUGACGUCGUAAAGGUAACGCCCACGUCUAAGGUGGUGGGUGACUUGGCGCAGUUUAUGGUGCAGAACAAUCUGGACGAGAGAGACGUGCUGGAGAAAGCUGAUGAGCUGAACUUCCCUUCCUCCGUGGUCGAGUUUAUGCAAGGCUACUUGGGAGAGCCCCACGGGGGAUUCCCUGAACCACUUAGAUCAAAGAUUAUCAAGGAUAAGCCGACCAUCAAAGGAAGACCAGGAGAAACGCUUCCUCCGUUCGAUUUCGACGCUCUUGAAGCCAAGCUGAAGGAGGACUUUGGCGAUGAUAACAUCCGUGACGUGGACGUGUUGAGCGCUGCUCUCUACCCCAAGGUGUUCCAUGACUACAUGGUGUUCAAGAAAGAAUUCGGGCCCGUCGAGGGGCUACCAACGAGGCUCUACUUCUCCGGCCCCGAGAUCGGAGAGGAAUUCCAAGUCCAACUCCAGCCUGGCAGGAUGCUUAACCUGAAAGUCCUUGCGAUCGGGGACUUGCUACCUAACGGGACUAGAGAGGUCUUCUGCGAAAUGAACGGUGCUCUUAGGUCUGUCAUGGUAGAAGACAAAUCUGCUACUAAGACUUUAGUCCUUCAUCCCAAGGCCGACAAGGCCGUGAAGGGGUCUGUUGGCGCCCCGAUGCCAGGCAAAGUCGUGGCUGUGCGCGUCAAAGAGAACGAAGUCGUCAAGAAAGGAACGUCUCUCGUCGUCCUUAGCGCGAUGAAGAUGGAGACAAAUGUAAGCGCUCCCAUCGACGGUCGUGUCAAGAAAAUUUCGGUUUCGCAGAACAUGAGCCUGAACGCUGGUGACUUGUUAGUGGAGUUAGAACCUUUAGAGUAAACGAGUAAAUGCCAAACCACAUUAGAGAAUACAGUGAAAGAACUUUCGUUUGACCUGCUGCUUACUGGUGUGUUCUUGUUUUGUUUUUGAUUUUGGGUGCGUCCAGUCACGGCCGCAAUCUUUUUGUUUUACCGCCCCCCCCCCCCCCCCCCAGGAUAGAAUAUCUACGCCAAAAUCACACACGCUUGCGAUCAGGAUCUCUUUCGUUAAGACAGAAUACCAUAAAAAAUAGCAAUAACCCCUCGUUUCCGAGAUCUUCUUUUUGAUAUUUAAAAGAGGUUCUUUUGGUCGCCUGUGACUUGUUGUUUGAGUUUUAAGUUAUAUAGCCACUGAUGUCUACGGUGGAAUAAAAGAGGAAUAUUAGAAGAACAGUAAAAAGAUGCAGAUCGAUUGGGGGAAUAAGAACUGUACACUCCCUAAGUGAUAGCCGGCUAGCACGACAGUAUAAACAGUCAGGCACUUUUAACUCUUUUCAGUUCUCUCUUUUUCCGUGAACUGUAUGAUUCAUCAACUUAUACAAAAUACUUAGUUAAGAAAUAAUUAAAGUUGAAGAAAGUUUAUAAGUACGUAUAUAUAAAAACUCAUUUUGUA